AUGACCCAGCGAGCAGAUGCCUCCCAGUGUGAUGGGGUUGUGGUUGAGUUUGAGUCUGACGACAUCAGGGAUGCAAGAGCAAAUAGAGCAAGGACUACACCAGGUUCAGCUCUUAUCUACCUCAAGGGUCCCAAGUUUCUCAUCUAUGUCAGUGGAGCAUUGUCAAUGUGGGGUGACCGCAUGUGGCACUUUGCAAUUUCUGUGUUCCUGAUUGAGCUGUACGGCCGCAACCUGCUGUUGACUGCAGUGUUUGGGUUGGUAGUGGCUGGUUCAGUGCUCCUUCUAGGGGCUUUGAUUGGAGACUGGGUUGAUCGCAAUCCCAGGAAUAAAGUUGCACAUGCAUCUCUUUUCAUUCAGAACAUCUCAGUGACAGUAUGUAGCAUUGUGCUCAUGUUGGUGUUCUCAUAUAAGCAAAGGAUUGAACAGAUCUGGGAUGGAUGGCUUACUGUGGUUUGUUAUACGGUGGUGAUCGUCCUGGCAGAUGUGGCAAACCUUGCAAGCACAGCACUGACCAUUGCCAUUCAGAGGGACUGGAUUGUGGUUAUCACAGGCUACAACAGAGGUCACCUAGCUGGAAUGAAUGCAACCAUGAGGCGGAUAGAUCAGGUGACUAACAUCCUGGCCCCACUAGCAGUGGGACAGGUCAUGACCCUGGCCUCCAAUGUAGUUGGCUGUGGCUUCAUCCUGGGCUGGAACCUUGUGUCUCUCAUUGUGGAGUUCUUCUUCUUGUCGCGGGUGUACCGCAUCGUCCCUGCUCUGUCAGUCAAACCACCAGUGGAGGAGGUGGAUCAGGUUUAUCUGCAGAGGUUGGAAAGGAGAAUGUUACAAGGUAUGGACGCACCUCAACCUCAACCUCUGACCGAAGGUAACUGCAACACAAGCCUGAACCUAAAAGAAAUCACCAACCUGCCACUGUGUUUCCGGAGGUUUCGCUGGUUGGUGAGCACCUGCAAGGAUGGCUGGAGGGCCUACUAUCGCCAGCCUGUCUUCCUGGCAGGAAUGGGUCUGGCUUUCCUCUACACCACAGUGCUGGGCUUUGACUGCAUCACCACUGGCUAUGCGUAUACUCAGGGCAUAAGCGGCUCUCUCCUUAGUCUGCUGAUGGGUGUAUCAGCUAUCACAGGGCUGAUGGGCACGGUGAUGUUCACCAGACUCAGGAAGUCCUACGGCCUGGUUAACACAGGCAUCAUCUCGAGCUGCCUCCACCUGGGCUGCUUACUGCUGUGUGUAUGCUCUGUGUUCGCCCCUGGCAGUCCUAUGGAUCUAAGCUUGCUGAUGCCCUACAUUACCUCCAACUCCUCCACUGAGCUUGGAGGGAUGGUAAGCCAAAGGCAAAAACACACGUAUCCUCUGAGGGGAAGCAGCAAUCAGCCUCUGCUACCCGACCGCUCCUCCAUCCACUGGACCAACAACACUGUGCUCUUUGACAACGUGCCCUCUGACGCGACGCCAGAAUCGUACAUCUCCAUUAUCCUUCUGUUCCUGGGUGUCAUCACAGCACGCAUCGGUCUCUGGUCCUUCGACCUGACAGUGACCCAGCUCCUGCAGGAGAACAUCUGUGAGUCAGAGAGAGGUGUAGUAAACGGCGUGCAGAGCUCCAUGAAUUACCUGAUGGACCUGCUUCACUUCAUCAUGGUGAUCUCGGCUCCACAGCCCCAGCACUUUGGGAUCCUUGUUAUAAUUUCUGUAUUAUUCAUCACCACAGGGCACACUAUGUACUUCCUGUAUGCACACAAAGUCAAGAGAAAACGCUGUCACGACACAUAA